AAAACUAAGUUAACAUAUAAAACCCAGGAACAGAGUGGAAGCAUCGGCUGCACAGUGAACAGAGGGGAAAGCCUUGAAUUUCUCUGUUCCAGGUAGCUGUGCUGGGCUAAUCCUCAUGUGAUGCACUCUCUUGGUGAUGAAAUCAAAGGCUUCUCAAAGAACAAACUGAAGAAACAAUGCACACGGAUAACAACUUUAUCAGGGAAGAGGAUUAUAGAGACUUGGAAAGACUCAGUGGUGCAAGUUGUAGAUGACCCAGAGCAACGAGAUGGCUCAGGCUGUGGGUAUGUGCAAGACCUUAGUACGGACCUGCAGGUUGGAGUUGUCAAACCUUGGUUACUGCUUGGAUCACAGGAUGUAGCACAAGAUAUGGAUAUACUGAAAAAAUAUAAGGUCACCCACAUCUUGAAUGUUGCUUACGGAGUGGACAAUGUUUUUCCAAAUGAAUUCACUUACAAGAAGAUCUCUAUCUUGGAUCUUCCGGAGACAGACAUUGCUUCCUUUUUCCCAGAAUGCUUUAAUUUUCUAGAAAAAGUAAAACUCCAGAAUGGAGUUGUGCUUGUCCACUGCAAUGCAGGAGUUUCCCGUGCACCAGCAAUAGCUAUUGGUUUCUUAAUGUAUGAUGAGAAGAUUAAUUUUGCCAGAGCCUUUUCUAUAGUAAAAAAUGCAAGGCCUGCAGCAUGCCCGAAUCCUGGCUUCAUGGAACAACUUCAUAAGUACCAAGAAACCGUCAGAAGACCUGAAGAUAUGAUACAUGAAAAGACAGAUUGAUAUAUUCUUAUUUUCAUAGUUUCAGAAAUUGUAUCCAUGUUGUUAUCUAGAUUUUGGACUGCAGUGCUUUUAUAUUUAUUUCAUUUUUUUUAAAAAAAGCAAAAUGAAUGAAAAUAGAGUUUCUACUUGAAAGGUUUUAAAGUUAGUAGAGUUAUAGAAUACUAAUGGACAUAACCAGCUUAUAUAAAAACUCUCAACAGUAUUGUCUGACUGAGCAUUCUGGGAUGUAUAUUUUCCCUUAUUAAUUAGAAAAAUUAUAAAUACAUUUUUAUAUUCAUUGAAAUGUAUUUAACUGGUUUAAACAACAGCACUUAUUUAUUAUCACCCAUGAAAAUCCUUAUUCCAUUAUGCAAAUUGCAUUCUGCGGACAAAUGAUUCCAACUAUGCUUUUCCAAAAAGAAUUUUUGACUCUUAAAUGCCCAGUAUUUUUUAAUCAUCAUUACCACUCAAUAAAAUAUUGGGCCAUGAUAAAUUAGCCUCUGUGGGUAAAUUAUAAGAAAUGGUAAAGGUAACUAAUAUGAAUAACUGCCAAGCUAUAAGCCAUAGUUAUUAUUUUGACUUUUUUUCCUUAUAAGCUAAAAAAAAGUCUGUCUGAGGGAAUGAACCAGCCAAUUCCAUGUGUUAUAGUAAGAUAACAACUGAACAUCAUUAUGAUUCCAGAAUUCUGUUUUAGAGUAUAGCUGUGAUAAUCACUCUCUUUCUGUUGUGCUAUUACUUCCCUUUAAAGGAACAAAAUAUAAAAUUCCAAACAUUUCUGGAGAGCAGUUAAAGCACAAAAAACACAAUAUAAGACAACAUAGUGUUGCAUGUGUGUAGUCCUGUAUUUUGGUGGUUUCCUGAAAAUCUCAAUUUUACAGAGCAUGUAUUUACGUGUAUGCAGACUUGAAUCCAAGCUCACUACUAAGCUCUUCAAUAAGUUCGACCUAUGAUAGCCCUUUAGAUUCUGGAUAGAGACAACCCCACAUGGAAAGUAGUGAGAACAGGGACACCUAGUGAUAGGAAUGGGUAGACAUUUGUUUACAUCAAAACCUCUUAAUAAACAACCCAACCACUCUGUCUCCUGGCAACACUGCAAAUUAUAUCAAUGGGAGAGGAAAAUUAAAUGCAGAUUUCAACUAAAACGGAAAUUCUUCUUGUUUGAUCUUAUAACAUACAAAUUCUUAUUACUUUUGCUGCUUGCUUUAUAUUCCUGUUCAUAUAUUUCCAUUUGAUGUUUAUUGGUGAACCCCACCCAGCUGAAAAUGUAUUUAUUUAAAAGAAUGUUUCUAUAACUGUCUAAAUUGUUUUCAAUGAAGAACAGAGUUGAUUAAUACAGAGAUAUUUGAUGAUAAUUAAAUAAAAUAAAACUUAUCUUUA